UAAAAAACAUGUCGUUAAGAGAUAGUGACGAUAUAUACGUAUACCUAUCUUCUCUUGCAGGUGGUAGGUCAUUUCCCAAAAACACAACAACAGAAUUUGAAAACAGAAUCUUACCCAUUCAUUUAGACACCGGCAGGGAUUAUGAAGUCGGCCUGUGUAAUAUUUUAUUCCCUAAAUAUUUCUACUGCAUUACGGAAGGGGAUCCAAAUUCUAGUAUAUCGUUCUAUGGUCGGGUUAAGCAGUCAGACUUUGAUAUGUAUGAAUAUAAUAUGUAUACCUAUCUACCGGAAAGGAAUAUCAUCUCCAAUUUUACCGAUAAGAACAUACCGGCCAUAACUAAGGCGAUUAAUGGACAGAUAGUGAGAGAACUUCAAGCAAUCUUGAAUGACUCCUUUAAGAUCUAUUUCCCUUACUCGGAUAUCAUUUAUUAUGACCACGACUUGGAGCGGGUCGUUGUGAAUAACGCGAUUGUCCCUCCUAAUGACGAUCGUAUUUACAGUGAUAUAAGUAUAAAAUUUGCAUCGCAUAUAGCUCGCAUUCUGGGUUUCAAUCCAAAUUUUCGCUACACCGUCUACUUUCAAAGAUCUGGCGACGUCAUUUCAUCUUCCAGCGCGAGCGAAGCUUCCUCCUCAUUACCCAUAAAAUUAUUCGCUCAAUACGUACCGCGAGCUGAUGCAGGGACGGAUUAUAUGUACGUUUAUACCGACAUCAUUUCCCCCUCGCGAUUUGGUAACCAACUAGUUAAUAUAUUAGACGUCAUACCACUCCCCGGCGACAGCACCAGUAAAGGUGCGAAUUCAAUUACGUAUAAACCACUUUCUGUAUCAACUAUAGAGAGUGUGGCCAUCAAAAUUGCUAAUCAAAGAGGCAAACCUAUUCAGUUUGAAGAUGGGGAAAACAGUGUUACUUGCGUGUUACAUAUAAGACCAUGUUAACUUUGCAUCUCGGACGUAAAGUUUUGAAGAGAAUCGAUCAAGGUGGGAUAAUGGGUGGAGUGGAGGAUAAUGAAACAGGCAGGUGUUGCCUACUUCCGAGACAAGUCACACACCUCGCGACCAUCUGCGCGGGAAGCUUCAGUGUUUCCCCGCGCGGCAUGGCGGCCGGGACGAAAGUGUUGACAAUGUUAUAGAAAAAAAAAAAAAGAAAAGAAAAAUGGGUGUUCAUUGUGGAACAGCAGAGGCGCGGCUUUUAUGUGAAGUGUGUGGGAGAUGGCGCACUAAUCCAUCCUGCCCCUCAUGUGUGGAAGACCAGUGUGAUUUAUGCGAGCGGUGUGGACUUCUGUUUCCACAUCCACCACCAGAACACACCUGCGAAGUUGGCAAUCCUGCUUCUUCUGGCUCACACUCGAUUGAGGUUGGACAGAACGGCGGCGUAGAAGGCGCACGUCGGCGGGCGUCACAAGGCGGCAUUCCACGCGGAGGCGGGGGAAGAGACUCGCCACGGCCGGGACCGAGUGGAUUAUCGGGGAACGUAUUCAAUUCUUCCGAGACUUCAAGUCCUUCACUACCUACACAAGACACGCCACAAGCGGAGUCGGACCACGAUGAGCGCAGCAUGGCAGGAGAGUCGGCGGAUGCAGACCUUGACGAGCGCGGGAUACCGGAAGAGCCGCGGUUAAUUGACUAG